GUGGUCCGGAGGGCUCGUGCUGCUCUGAGGAUGGGAGACGUCUCGUGCGAGGAGCUCGAGGACUUGGUUCACUUCUCCGUCAGCGACCUGCCCGCGCGAGGCUAUGUUGUCAUGGAGGAGGUGCGACGUCAGGGGAAGCUGUGUGACGUCACGCUCAAGGCAGGGGGUCAUAAGUUCAGCGCUCACCGGAUCGUUCUCGCUGCUUCCAUUCCGUAUUUCCACGCCAUGUUUACCAACGACAUGAUGGAGUGCAAACAGGACGAGAUCCUGAUGCAGGGCAUGGACCCCAGUGCUCUGGAGGCUCUGGUGAACUUUGCGUACAGCGGCCAUGUUGCGAUCGACCAGCAGAACGUGCAGAGCCUCCUGAUGGGAGCCAGCUUCCUGCAGCUGCAGAGCGUCAAGGAGGCGUGCUGCUGCUACCUGCAGGACAGGUUGCACCCUAAGAACUGUCUGGGGGUGCGUCAGUUUGCUGAGACCAUGAUGUGCACGUCUCUCUACGACUCCGCCAGCAGCUUCCUGUUCCAGAACUUCCUGCAGGUCUGCGAGUCCGAGGAGUUUCUGAGCCUGAAGGCAGAGGAGCUGCUGGAGCUGGUGAGCUGUGACGAGCUGCACGUCAGAGCAGAGGAACAGGUGAGGGGGGACAG